AUGUUCUCGCUGUCGUCGCUGGGUCUCAGCUUCUCCAUGACUCCCUUCAUGUUUAUCGUAGAAUCCAACCUCCCGAUGUCCGCCAGGGCUGUUCUCGCGUUCACAGCCAUAUCCACUACGAGUAUUAGCACCGGGCUGCUUGCCUGGGCAUCUUCGCCCUACGUCACCUCUGCUCUGCUCUCCAAGUUGCCCACUACGGGCGCGGUGCAGGAGAUGGAGGUCAAAACAUUAACCCUCUGGUUCAAGCCGCGAACAACUCGAAUCUUCGACCCCACGUUCUUGGUUGGGACCAACCGUCCGUUCGCGAACUUGGAGCUCGCACAGCUCGUGUUUCUACCUCCCGCGCUUCGUAAUACGACACCUGGCCAUGAGGAGACCGUCGCAGAGACCACUGACGAGAAAGGCGAAGUCAUCGGUCGAUGGGUCGUCAAAUGGGCCGAGGGAGGCGAGGGGAGUUGCCAUGAAGUCGGCAAAGUGAUCAGGCGAGCGGUUUCUCCCUCCAUGCCAUGUCCAGCAGGAGCUCAGAUUUACAGGCAUUUCAAUGUUCACAAGGAGCUUCUGCCACCACUGGUACUGGUCGACGCGCCUGCGGAUGGCGUGGCGACUAAGCCGUAG